AUGAAUUCCAUCAUGCAGUCGAUUUACGUCCUCGUGUCUAUCCUAUCAGCCACCAGGCUGACAUACGCCGCUCCACUCGAGGUCCGCAGUGACCAGACAUUCUUCUUCACGUUUGGUAACUCGUACACCUCCACUGGCUUCGAUCCGCUGCUCACGCAGCCUUCUGCCACGAACCCAAUGGGCAAUCCGCCUCUUGGCCAGGGGACAUCCUCUGGAGGAAUCAAUUGGGUCGGCUAUCUCACCACCGUCUUCAACGCCAGUCUCGUGCUCAACUACGAUCUGGCUGUCAGCGGCGCCUGCAUCAACAAUUCCAUCGUCAAGGCGCCCGUCCGCGACCUAGUCUCACAGGUGGAAUCGACCUUCGAGCCCAACUAUGCGGAGAAGCCUGCCUCGACUCCGUGGACGGCUGAAAACGCCGUCUUUGCAUUUUGGAUCGGGAUUAACGACAUUGGACAUUCCUACCAAACUGUGGAUCCUGAUACAACAGUGCCGCUCCUAUUGGAUAGCUAUUUCGAUCUUGUCCAGCAGGUGUAUGAAAAAGGUGCUCGACAGUUUUUGUUUCUCACCGUUCCGCCAACAACGAAAUCGCCAUUGAUCGUGUCGCGAGGCUCGACAGACGCCCAUGCCGCGUAUGUCAGCACGUACAAUCUGGAAUUGACACUCAGGACCGAAAUUUUCAAGGAAACCAAUUCUGACGUGACUGUCGUCCUAUACGACGCGUGGGACUUUAUGACAAAAGUCCUGGAUAAUCCUCAGGACUAUGGCUUCCAGAAUGCCACCUGCAUUGGAGAGGGAUGUGUCUGGUGGAACGCCUAUCAUCCCACAUCGGCCUUCCACAAGCUGAUGGCCAACGACAUGGCGCCGAAGCUGAAGGCGUUUUGGAGUGGGUGGUGA